CGAUUUACUUGCAUUUCUUCCCGACCCUCUUUUCUUUUUCUCUUUCUUUUCUUUUUAUUUUUUUUAUUCCCUUUCUUUCCUAUUCAAGGAAACUCUCCGUGGAAUCCUAAUCUGGACGAAACCCCUCCAGGUCGGUUUUGUAAUGAGCUUUUUUGUCUUGACCAACAGAAUCUCACCCGACUCGGAGCUCCUGGGACUUUCCGUACUAGCUAGUGGGCUAGUCCAACCGCCGAUUCUGGUAGUCGUCAGUUUCCACGGUCCUCUGUUUUCAGCCCUGUCACAAACCCCAUCCAUCCAUCUUUCCCAUCACGGAUUCUGAUCACCGCCUCAGGUGGGCGGGCCACUUCUCCUCACCCUGUCACGUUAGACUGGGCUCUCUUGUCCUGACCUUCCUCACAGAAUCCCCAGGGCCGUUAUGGCCCCGAAAGAGGAAAUGCUGCCCCCUGGCUGGGACAAUCUAGACAGACAGAUGGGGCAGCUCUUUAUGAUGGGCUUUGACGGCACAUCCGUCAGCCCUCAAAUCCGCUCUCUAAUUGAGAACUAUCAUCUAGGUUCCAUUCUACUGUCAGCUAAGAACUUAAAAUCGGCGGAAGAGGCAACUCGAUUAGUUCUCGAGUUACAGACAAUCGCUCGGGAUGCUGGCCAUACCGUGCCUUUGCUUAUCGCCGUUGAUCAAGAAAAUGGCGGCGUGAACAGUUUGUAUGACGAGAUAUAUAUCCGACAAUUUCCCAGUGCCAUGGGCGUUGCUGCCACCGGGUCAAAAGCUCUAGCACAUGAUGUCGCCUUCGCCACUGCUCAAGAGCUCAAAGCUGUCGGAGUCAACUGGAUUCUAGGCCCGGUCCUAGACGUCCUGACUAAUGUCCGGAACCAGCCUCUAGGGGUCCGUACCUCCGGUGAUGACCCUCAAGAAGUGUCUCAGUAUGGAGUAGAGUUUAUGAAGGGCUACAAGGAGGCAGGUCUAGUGACCUGUGGCAAGCACUUUCCAUCGUAUGGAAACCUCGAAUUCCUUGGCUCCCAGACGGACGUUCCCAUCAUCACCGAGUCCUUGGAACAACUCAGCCUAACCGCAUUGGUUCCCUUUCGAAAUGCCAUUAUCCACGGUCUUGAUUCAAUGAUGGUUGGCGGCGUUUCCAUGUCGUCUGCCGGUGUCAACGUGAUGCAUGCCUGCCUGAGUGAGCAGGUUGUUGAUGACCUAUUACGAAAAGAUAUGAAAUUCAACGGGGUAGUGGUUUCGGAGUGCCUCGAGAUGGAGGCUCUGACGCAUAAUAUCGGCGUCGGCGGUGGAACUGUCAUGGCGAAGAACGCAGGCUGCGAUAUCAUCCUACUUUGCAGGUCGUAUCCGGUUCAGCAGGAGGCUAUCAAUGGGUUGAAGCUGGGUGUAGAGAACGGCAUCAUCAGUCGGGCGCAGAUCGAACAAUCAUUGCGCAGAGUUCUGACUUUGAAGUCGAAAUGCACCUCCUGGGAGCAGGCUCUCAGUCCCCCAGGGAUCCUUUCGCUCACCCAAAUGCAACCCUCUCACACCAGCCUUUCCAUCAAAGCUUACAACACCUCUAUUUCAGUCGUACGUAACACGAAGAACCUGAUACCACUCUCGAAUAUCCUCGGCCCCAACGAAGAAUUGUUGCUUUUGACACCAUUGGUGAAACCUCUCCCCGCCUCUGCUGUAUCCCACUCGGUGGCUGAGCAUCUCGAUACAUCAUCGGUUGAUGCAGUAGCCUGGGACAGGACCUCCUCUGUGCUAAGUGGCGAGAGUGUCUUUAAAGAAUUAGGAAGGUCUCUUUCGCGACACCGGAACGGCCGUGUCCUACACACCUCCUAUACGUCGAAUGGAGUCCGGCCCAUUCACGAGAGCCUAAUAGACAGAGCCAGCGCCGUCAUCGUCGUCACUGCGGAUGCCAUUAGGAAUAUUUAUCAACAGGGAUUCACCAAGCAUGUAUCGAUGAUUUGUAGAUCUCAGUUUACCCCAUCCGGGGAACCCCGGGAGAAACCCAUGGUUGUGGUGGCUGCAAGCUCGCCUUACGAUUUUGCGAUGGAUGCAAGCAUUGGAACAUACCUCUGCACAUAUGAUUUCACAGACACGGCUCUGGAGGCUCUAGUCAAAGUCCUUUACGGCGAGUUGGCGCCUAAGGGGUCACUUCCGGGAUCCUUUAGCCGCAGCCAAAAGCUUCAUCAGGCAAGACAGCAUUGGCUUGUCGAGAAUUGGAAUGAAGAAAGGGAUUCCAAUGCUUUGGAUACUUUACUUGAUGCAGUCAGACAGGAUAGCCGGGGCCAACGCUCAGAACUACGGGGCGUGACAUCGAGCAGCUUUCUCUUACGAAGGGAAGAGAUCGAUGAGGCGCACUUUGUUGUCCGGAACAGCAGCACUCGAGCCCUCUACGGGUUCUGCUCUACCUACUUUUUCCGGGCCACAGGCACGGGAGUUAUUGGAUCGCUGAUCGUGGAUCCUUCGCGACGAAAGCUCUCUAUCGGGAAUUCUCUUCACAAUCGCGCUAUCCGAACGUUACUGCAGCGAAAAGGAAUGAAGCGAUUCCAACUGGGAUCUCGCUUACCUGGAAUCUACUUAGGUAUUCCAUCCGCCAAUCCGGUGGAGCGCAAGAGACUUCGGCAGUGGUUUGCAAACUUGGGGUGGAAUACGACGCUCUCUCGGCCAGUGUGCAGCGUGGUGCUUCGCAACUUGCAGACCUGGACGCCGCCCGACGGUCUAGUGCGCAGCCUGGAGAAUACAGAUGUUACGUACGCCCUCGUUUACGGAUGGGAUUACGCGGACGCAAUUCUCGACCAUGUCAGAACGAAUUCCCGGCAGGGCGUGAUAGACAUCUACAGGGUGGCCUUGGGAGGAGCGCCUCACUGUGGAGUUAUUCGGGCAACACGAUCCGUGGAUGGGGCUAUGCUCGGAAGUGUGGUAAUCUACAACGAACGAGCGAGCCUGGCAGAGCACAUGCCUGCAAUGAAAGCCACCCAUGCACCAACAGGAGGGAUUUCCUCUCCAGUUAUCUCCCCGUCUGUUGGCGAGUACGCUACGCUGCUGCAGGGCUUAAUCCUGCUAGGGAUCAAACAAUCCCGGCGACAAGCCGCGGAGGCCGUUAUUAUUGACUGUGUCGAUGGGGACAGUAACUUUGACUGCUUAUCAGGGCUGGGCUUUGACACCCUACAUAGUUUUGAGGAAGUCAAUUGUGAUGCAGCUACCUGGACAAUGGUGUCUGCGUCGUGA